AUCCGUAAUUUCAAUAAAUAAUGCCAUUGCCGAUUUGCCGGCUCAAUCCCCCUUCCCUUCCUCUCUUCCUUCCCAUUUUUACACAAAAAUCAACACUUUUUCUUCCUUAUUUCUUCUCUCUCACUCUUUCGCUCUCAUGUUUCUUCCUUAGCUUCCACCGAUUUUUCCCACUUCGAUUUGAUUUGAAGAAUGUCUACACAAGAAGCUGCUUCUCAACCGGUUCCUUCUUUUGAGUAUGAGCUUCUUGAUGGUGAUCCUGAUCAUGUUAGGACAGUGGUUGCUUCAUCAAACUAUCCAAGCCCUAGGAUUGAACCUUCAAAAGUGAAGCUUAGGCAUCGAAUUGGGCGAGGCGUAUUCGGUGAUGUUUGGUUAGCAACUCACCAUCAGUCCACUAAGGAUUAUGAUGAGUAUCAUGAAGUUGCAGUCAAGAUGUUGAAUCCUGUUAAAGAUGACCAUUUGAGGGUUGUUUUGGAUAAACUUGAGGAUCAUUUCUAUAAGUGUCAAGGUGCAAAGGGUGUCUGCAGGCUGUAUGGAGUGUCUAUAAUUGGUGGGAAGUUAUGCAUCAUCAUGAAAUUCUAUGAAGGAUCAGUUGCUGAUAAAAUGGCUCGCCUUAAAGAUGGAAAGCUUUCUCUCCCUGAUGUAUUGAGAUAUGGAAUCAAUCUAGCCCAGGGGAUUCUAGAAUUGCACUCAAAAGAGAUCUUGGUUCUUAACCUGAAACCUUCAAACAUGCUCCUUACCACCAAGGAUCAAGCAAUUUUGGGAGAUGUUGGAAUUCCUUUUCUACUACACGGUGUACCGAUACCAAAUAUGGAUAUAAUUCAGAGACUUGGGACACCUAACUAUAUGGCACCAGAACAAUGGCAGCCAGAAGUUAGAGGUCCGGUAUCGUAUGAAACUGAUUCUUGGGGGUUUGCCUGCUGCAUAAUUGAGAUGUUGACUGGUGUACAGCCAUGGCGUGGGAAAUCAGUUGAUGAAAUAUUUCAUUCUGUUGUCAGGAAACAAGAAAAACCAUGUAUUCCAAGUGGACUUCCUCCUCUAAUCGAGAAUGUUCUUCUUGGUUGCUUUGAAUAUGACUUAAGGAGUCGUCCUUUAUUGACAGACAUACUAAAUGUGUUCCAGAGCUCUCAACAUGUUAAUAGCGACUGGCAAGCCAUUGGGAGUUCAAAAGUGUUGAACAAAUCAAAUGCCACUGGACAUACUGAAUGGUUUCUCUCAAAGGAUCACUUGCAAGUGAAUGACUUGGUGCGUUCUAGAAAGCCAUUGAAUUCAUGCAAGUCAGAUAAUAUGAACAUCCCUGAAGGAAAGAUAGUGGGUUUAGAACGCGAAACUGAAAAGGAUGCUUUUGUUUUGGUGAGAGUUCGUGGAAUCCAUGAUCCCGUAAGAGUGUAUGCUUCAACGCUUGAGCGGGUGAGUUUCGGGUUAGCAGUUGGUGACUGGAUACGUUUGAAGGAAGCAGAAAAGAAACACUCUCCAGUGGGAAUUCUUCAUUCAAUCGAUCGUGUUGGUAAUGUAGCUGUUGCUUUUAUUGGUGUAGAAACUCUCUGGAAUGGUAACUCUUCCCAGUUUCAAAUGGCAGAAUCGUUUUGCGUUGGCCAAUUUGUACGGAUAAAAGCCAGCAUCCUGAGACCACGAUUCGAAUGGCCUCGUAAAAAAGGAAAUGUUUGGGCCACAGGGAGGAUUUGGUGGAUCCUACCCAAUGGUUGUCUCAUGGUCAAGUUCCCUGGAAUUCUCUCUUUCAAAGAAGAAUGUGAUUCAUACAUGGCUGAUCCAGCCGAGGUCGAGGCAGUCAACUUUAGCACUUGUCCAGGGAUGGUGAAAAAGUACCAACACCUUGAGGACUUUCACUGGUCAGUUAGACCAGUUCUGAUUGCAUUUGGGAUGUUUACAGCAAUGAAGCUGGGAAUUGCAUUUGGGAAGAAGGUGGGGAGAUCAAAGGUGAAGAAAGGACAAAGCAACCUUGUGUAUUGUGAAUCUCAACAUAUCGAAGGACAGAACGCCAACAAUCCAGCUUGGAUUCCUCCGCCUGUGAAAAACAUUCUUUUCGGAGAUGGCGUUAGCACGGUCGCACGAUGAUGCUACGACCAGUUUGUUCGUUCCAUCAGCAAAAAGUUGUGCCAAGUUAUCUGUAUAGAUUAACUUUACUGACUGGUUUAUACUCCCAGUACUAUGUAAAUGCUCCUGUACAGUUGUGAAACAAACAAGCAAGCCAGCUUUGCUUAAGAAUGUGUAUGUAUAGAAGAAUAAUGUGUUUUAUAAAUAUGGUCGUGUUUAUAUAAGGCUCAUGUCUUAAAAGUGGUUGUAGAUUUUC